AUGCAGGGUAGGAUCCGUACAAGGAGAACUGCAUCUUCAGAACCACUCCUUGUUGAUCCCGAGAUAGAGAAAACUGCCCGCAGAAACAAUAGUGCCACAAGGAGAAGACGAGCUCAAGCACAACAAGUUGCCCAUCACUCUUCUGCUUCAGACAAUCUUUCAUCUACUUCUCAGAAUCCUAAUCCUUUGCCAGAAGCAGAAAUGGCAGACAAUCCUCAUGGUGAUGGUAGAGGUCGUGAAAGACGCACUUUGGAAGAUUAUGCAGCGUUCACAGGCCAUGUUAACUUCAACAAUAUUGCUAGGCCAACUGUCAAUGCCACCAACAUGGAGAUGAAGCCAGCUCUUAUUCAUCUGGUGCAGAGUAAUCAGUUCAAUGGCCUGUCUCAUGAGAAUCCCUACACUCAUCUGGCCACAUUCUUGGAGAUAUGCAAUACUGUGAAGAUCCAUCAAGUUCCUGAUGAAGCCAUACGCCUGAGUCUCUUCCCGUUCUCACUAGCAGGACCUGCAAAAGCCUGGUUGAAUUCCUUUCCUGAAAAUAGCCUCACUAACUGGGAUGAUGUGGUUGCAAAGUUCUUGAGCAAAUAUUUUCCCCAGUCCAAGGUUAAUAAGGGAAAACAGGAAAUCUCGGCAUUUCAACAAGAUAUGGAUGAGUCCUUGGGCCAAGCAUGGGAUAGAUUCAAGGGACUGCUAAGGAAGACUCCCAUUCAUGGGUUUGAUCAACCUACACAACUUACUCUUUUCUUGGCAGGUCUUAAAUCCCAAUCAAAGUUGAUGUUAGAUGUCUCUGCCGAUGGGAGUAUCAAGUGGAAGACACCAGAGGAAGCUUAUGAGUUAAUAGAGAAUAUGGCCGCCAAUGAUAAUGAAGCUUACACUGAGAGAGCCCAUUCUCAAAAGAAGGGUAUUCUAGAGCUUCAAUCUCAAGAUGCUCUAUUGGCUCAAAACAAGAUUAUGACUCAGCAGCUGGAGACCCUCAUGAAGAAACUGUCACAACUUCCUCAAGAGCUUCAAAAUGCCUCUAUAGCUCAACUCCAACAAGUGCAAAGUUGUGAGUUAUGUGGAGGAAACCAUACUAAUGGGCAAUGUGCUAUGCCAAGCACAUCUCAAGAGGAAGUUAGUUAUAUGGGCAAUCAAGGCCGACCAGGGAACUAUAACCAAGGAUGGAGACCUCAUCAAAACAUGGGCCAAGCAGGACCUUCCAAUAGGCCCCCACAUCAACAAACUUAUCAACAUCCUUCUUUGUCUGAUAGAACAUCCAAGAUUGAAGACAUGAUGCAGCAAUUCAUGCAAAUGUCAAUUCAGAAUCAGAAGAACACCGAUGCCUCGAUUAAAAACUUGGAGGUGCAAGUGGGGCAAUUGGCCAAGCAAGUGGCAAAUCAACAAAGUAGUUCAUUUUCCGCCAACACCGAAGCCAAUCCCAAAGAGCAAUGCAAAGCGGUGGUCACAAGAAGUGGUAAAGAAGUGGGGUUGAAUGCUAAAGGAAGUGAUGAAGCUAAAGCCAAGCCCAAUGAUAAAGGAGAAGAAAAAGAUGAGGAAGAGAUAGAUGAGGAAAUUGUUGUAGAAGAGGAAGAGAAUAAAAUUGAAAAUAGAGAAAAUGAGAAAAAGAAGGAAGUGGCAAUAAAGCCACCACCAGUGAAGACUCUCCUAUAUCCUCUUAAGCCUUCUAAGAAAGAUAAAGAAAGGCAAUUUGCAAGGUUUUUGGACAUUUUCAAGAGGCUUCAAAUCAAUAUUCCCUUCUCAGAAGCCUUAGAGCAAAUGCCAACCUAUGCAAAGUUUAUGAAGGAAAUCCUCACAAAGAAGAGAAGAUUUAUUGAAGAGGAAACCAUAGAACAAGAGGCUGAUGCAGUGGUAUCAUUCAGAAGAUGUUGCCUCCAAAGUUUAAGGAUCCUGGCAGCUUUACACUUCCAGUCACAAUUGGGAGCCUAA